CUCUUGUCACUAACCCUGGGGUUGGAGCUCGACAUACAAAAUGAAACAUCGAUCAAGGAGGCUGCUUCAACGAUAGCGGGCAAACUGAUUUCUCUAUACCCUAACGGUGGUCCUGACGCCGAGCAAGCGAAAGUCGGCCUUUUCGAAUACCCUCCCUACUAUUGGUGGCAGUCUGGUGCAGCAUGGGGAGGACUGGUGGACUAUGCGGCAUACACUGGAGAUACCCAAUAUGUCGAGACCACCACGACCGCGCUUCUAGCACAGACAGGUCCGGACAACGACUAUAUGGUCCCCGAGCAUAAAUUCGACGAGGGGAACGAUGAUCAAGCAUUUUGGGGACUCGCUCUCUUGAACUGCAUUGAGAAUGGUUUCCCCAACCCUCCACCUUCGACCGGAAAACCCAGCUGGUUGCAGUUGGUGGAGGCAUUGAUCAACACUCAGACGCCACGGUGGGACAUGGGGUCCUGUGGAGGUGGGCUCAAGUGGCAGAUAUACCCGGAGAAUGACUACGGAUACAACUACAAGAACGCCAUCAGCAACGGCGCCUACUUCCAGAUGGCGGCUCGUCUCGCGCGCUACACCGGAAACACCACCUACAUCGAGUGGGCGAACAAGGCGUGGAACUGGUCCGAAGCAAUCGGGCUCAUCUCCCCCUCCUUCCAAGUCUUCGACGGCACCGACGACAAGAAAAACUGCAGCGAUCUGAACCACCUGCAAUUCAGCUACAACGUCGCCGUCUACCUCCACGGUGCCGCCCACCUCUACAACAUCUCCGCCGCCCAUGACCCCACCUCCCCCGACACCCAAACCUGGUCCGACCGCACCCGCGGCCUCCUCGUCUCCGCCACUUCCACCUUCUUCACCCCCGCCCCCAACGCCACCGACAUCAUGUACGAGGCCGCCUGCGAGCCCUACGACACGUGCAACACCGACAUGCGCUCCUUCAAGGCCUAUAUGUUCCGCUGGCUCGCCAAAGCCUCCCUCCUCUUCCCCGACCUCGCCGCGCAGAUCCGCCCCCUCAUCGAAACCAACGCCCGCGCCGCCGCGACUUCCUGCUCCGGCGGCGACGAUGGUGUCACCUGCGGACAUCGUUGGGAUACCGGCGAUUGGGACGGCAUGGAGGGCCUCGGCGAACAGAUGAGCGCCCUGGAGGCCGUGCAGGCGCUGCUAGUCGCGAAUGGAGGGGCACCGAGGAAGGCGGGGAACGUGACCGAUCCUGCGGUCAGGCUUCCGGGUCCCAGCGAGGUU